AUCACAUUACGUGUGUUUUUAAACCUUUUUAACUCACUGCUCUCUUUCUCUCUCUAAAAAACUUAUGUAAAUUAGAAUUUGUACUACUAGUUCUAGUGCAAAACAUCAAAGACUAGUAUACUUCAACUACACCACAUUAUCAUAAUUAAUACAUUAUUAUCACUAUUAAUGUUAUAUCACAUCAUACAAAAGAAAACUAGUGUUACAUUGUUGGCAGUUGGACUCUUAGGAGUUAAGUCUUAUAAGUUAUAUGAUCGUAUACUACAUACUUAGCUAUUCUUUUGAGAGGGUUUAUAUGAGCAGCUAUGUAUAAUAAUAAUAAUAGUAAUCGUAAUAGUAAUAGUAGUAUGGAGAUCGAGGCAGCAACAGCAUUAGCAACAAAUGAACCAGGUGGUUCACACAGGAAUUACAAAAACGCCGUCUAUGAAGACGACGAUGAUUCGGAGACAAGCGGUGGAGGAAGCGGUGGUAUUGGUGGUGCAGCAGUGGCGUAUCUAGUAUGGGAAGACCUAACGGUGGUGCUACCAAGUUUUGGGAAUAAGCCAACAAAGAGGAUACUUCAAGGGAUAAAUGGUUAUGCUGAGCCUGGUAGGAUUAUGGCUAUUAUGGGUCCUUCUGGUUCUGGCAAAUCUACUCUUCUUGAUUCAUUGGCAGGCAGACUCUCAGCAAAUGUUGUCAUGACCGGAAAUAUUCUACUCAAUGGCAAGAAGAAAGGACUGCAAUAUGGUGGAGUGGCAUAUGUGACGCAAGAAAAUGUACUCCUUGGAACUCUAACAGUAAGAGAGACACUCACUUAUUCAGCAUAUUUGAGGCUUCCACCAAACUUGGCGAAAGAAGAGAUCGAAGGGAUUGUAGAAGGGGCCAUAAUGGAAAUGGGUCUCCAAGAGUGUGCAGAUACGAUAAUUGGCAAUUGGCAUCUGAGGGGCAUAAGUGGUGGAGAGCAAAAGAGAUUAAGCAUUGCCCUUGAAAUACUCACACGACCUCGUCUCUUGUUUCUUGAUGAGCCAACCACUGGGCUUGAUAGUGCUUCAGCUUUCUUUGUAGUCCAGGCCCUUAGGAGUGUGGCACGAGAUGGGGGUAGGACAGUCGUUUCUUCAAUUCACCAGCCUAGCAGUGAAGUUUUCACUUUGUUUGAUGACCUUUGCCUACUGUCUUCUGGUGAACUGGUCUACUUUGGCGAUGCUAAAAAGGGUGUUCUGUUCUUUGCACAAGCUGGAUUCCCAUGCCCAAGUAAAAGGAAUCCCUCAGACCAUUUUCUGCGCUGUAUCAACUCAGACUUUGAUAAGGUUACAGCUACACUGAAGGGAUCCUACCAAGCCCGACAAAUCACAACGUUAUCAGAUCCUAUGAUGGAAAUGGAAACAGCACAGAUAAAAGCAAUGCUUAUUGAGAAGUAUAGGCGGUCAGAGUAUGCAGAACGGACCCGAGCAAGGAUCCAAGAAAUAACAUCAAUUGCAGGACUACCAACAGAAGCACCAAAGGGUAGCCAAGCCAGCUGGUGGAAGCAGUUAACUACACUGACUAGGAGGUCUUUUGUAAAUAUGUCCCGAGACAUCGGAUACUAUUGGCUACGGAUAGUUGUCUACAUUGUAGUAUCUAUAUGUGUGGGUACCAUCUAUUAUGAUGUUGGCACUGGUUACAGUGCAAUCUUGGCCAGAGGAGCGUGUGGUGGAUUCGUAUCAGGUUUCAUGACUUUUAUGUCUAUUGGAGGUUUUCCAUCCUUCAUCGAAGAAAUGAAGAUCUUUUAUCGCGAGAGGCUCAGUGGGUACUAUGGAGUUGUAGUUUAUAUUCUAUCAAACUUUCUCUCUUCAUUCCCAUACCUGGUAGCAAUAGCAACAGCUUCAGGGACUAUAACUUGGUACAUGGUGAAAUUCCGUCCAGAAUUCUCUCACUACGUAUACUACUGCCUCAGUCUUUUUGCAAGCAUUUCAGCAGUAGAGAGCUGUAUGAUGGUGGUGGCUUCACUAGUUCCCAACUUUUUAAUGGGACUCGUCACAGGGGCUGGAGUCAUUGGAAUAAUGAUGAUGACCUCAGGCUUUUUCCGUCUACUACCUGAUCUUCCUAAGGUGUUUUGGCGCUAUCCUAUUUCAUACCUUAGUUUUGGAUCCUGGGCAAUACAGGGUGGAUACAAAAACGAUCUUGUUGGUCUCACGUUUGAUCCACUUAUACCUGGUGAUCCCAAAUUAACAGGAAGUUAUAUUGUCACAAAAAUGUUUGGGGUUCCCUUGGACCGGUCCAAGUGGUGGGACUUGGGUGGAAUUUUCCUGCUCAUCUUAACUUACAGGCUACUCUUUUUGGUUGUCUUCAAGAUCAGAGAGAAAGCAACACCAAUGUUUCAGACAUUUUACAGAAAGAAGACUCUGAACCAUCUAAAGAAGAGACCCUCUUUCAGGAGGACAGCUUUUCCUUCCAGGAGAUAUCAACCUCAAUAUCCAUUGUCAUAUCAAGAAGGGCUUAGUUCUCCAAUCCCCUAGAAGAAGCUAUAGUAAAUUUUUCAAGUGUAUCUACAGUGUCAAUUCCGUAAGCUUAUUGUUCAUAGGAGAGUUCUAUCAUUGUGCAUUUUACCUAUGAUUUACAUCCCUCAAGACCUUCAACACAAAGAUGGUGUUAGGCCCAUUGGAGCAAAUUUCAAAUUGAAGAGCAGUACGAAUUAUCCUAAUAUAUAGGAAACAAAUCAAGUUACAAAGUUUUUCUGUAACAGAAAUGCAACUCUAUACAGAAUACAUGUUGAACCAAGAAGACACGUGAUGUAGAAGAAAGAUUGUUUGUUUUUAUAGGUCACGGACAAUUAUAGGCUUAUAGCCAUUCACUGAUAUAUGAAUAUGAUCCAAAUAAUAUUCCAUGUCCCCAGGCUCUUCCCUCUCAA